UCAGGAGCAUUUCUUAGUUCAGACACGGACGGAGAGCAGACAGGCGCACAUUCCUCCUCCUCCUCUUCCUCCUCCAUCUCUCCCUCUCUCUUUCUUUCUCUGUGUGUGUCUCUCUCUCUCUCUCUCAGUCGCUCUUCAUCCAUCAUCCAUCCAUACGCAUCUUUUGGAUACGCGUCCUGGAUCAUUCCCUCCUCCACAUGUCAUCUCGGCUGUGGUCGUGUUGGAGGCUGUAGGCUGUUCACGGUGAUGAUGCCUGGCUAAAAGGCUCGCUGCUGGAUCACACACUGAAGAAGAAGAAGAAGAAGAAGAAGAAGAAGAUCUCUCUCUCUCUCACUCUGUUGGAGCGUGCCUCUGCGUAAUGGAUUUACUGUUGUCGGAGAAAAGUUGGAUUUUGUGAAGAGCCCGGUGGAUCCCUGACAUGGACGGAAUAGGAGGGCGGUUUUAGAAAGGUGCUUUUGGGUUGGAAUCACAUCGGGAGAGGAGAUGCACAGAGCGUGGUUACUCUUCUUUCUAAUAGAAGAGGGUUUCGCUCUGGCACAGAGAAGUAAAGAUCCCCCGAGCGAGCAUGGCAGCCAGAGCCCCAACCAGAACGACUGUGGCACGUGGGUCCGCAACAUCAAUGGCGGAGUGUUCACUUCACCAAACUACCCGAACACAUACCCUCCCAACAAGGAGUGUGUUUACAUCCUGGAAGCUCUCCCGAGACAAAGGAUUCAGCUGGCUUUUGAUAAGAAUUACUACAUCGAGCCAUCAUUCGAGUGCCGCUUCGACCACAUAGAGAUCCGUGAUGGGCCGUUUGGGUUCUCGCCUCUCAUUGAUCGCUUCUGUGGGGGGAAAAACCCCGGCCUGGUGACAUCCACUGGACGCUUCAUGUGGAUCAAGUUCACCAGCGAUGAGGAGCUGGAAGGCCUCGGUUUCCGGAUCAAAUACACCUUUAUUGCAGACCCUGAUUUCCAUCUGCACGUGGGUGGACUGCUAAACCCCAUCCCAGACUGUCAGUUUGAAAUCGGUGGAUGGGAUGGGGUCAUAAGAUCCAGUCAGGUGGAGGAGGAAGAGAAAGUGAAGCCUGGUGACGCCCUGGAUUGUAUCUGGACCAUCAGGGCUCCUCCUCAGUCAAAGAUCUACCUGCGCUUCAUGGAUUAUCAGAUGGAGCACUCGAACGAGUGCAAGAAAAACUUUGUGGCCGUGUAUGAUGGCAGCAGUGCCAUCGAGAACCUCAAGGCCAAGUUCUGCAGCACCGUGGCUAACGACGUGAUGCUGGAUAACGGCGUUGGAGUCGUACGAAUGUGGGCCGAUGAGAAGAGCAGACUUAGCCGCUUCCGCAUGCUCUUCACCUCCUUCGUUGACCCUCCCUGUUCAGCAAACACAUUCUUCUGCCACAGCAACAUGUGUAUUAACAACUCCCUGGUGUGCAAUGGGGUUCAGAACUGCGUCUACCCAUGGGAUGAAAACCACUGCAAAGAGAAGCGGUCGAAGGGGCUUUUUCAUCAGAUCACUAAGACCCAUGGAACUGUCAUCGGGGUCUCAUCGGGCAUAGUGCUGGUUCUUCUGAUCAUCUCAAUCCUGGUCCAGAUGAAGCAGCCGAGGAAAAAGGUUGUAGCUCGCCGACCUGGUGUUUUCAACAAGGCAGGCUUCCAGGAGGUCUUCGACCCGCCGCACUAUGAGCUCUUCUCUCUACGUGACAAGGAGAUAUCAUCAGAUUUAGCCGACCUGUCUGAGGAGCUGGACAGCUUCCACAAGCUGCGGCGCUCCUCCACUAUGUCCCGCUGCGUCCAUGAGCACCACUGUGGCUCGCAGGGCUCAGUGGCUACUGGCGGGGGCAGCAUGAAGCACAGCCGCACCACCCUGAGCUCAAUGGAGCUAUCCUACCACAACGACUUCUCCAAGCCUCCUCCCAUGAAGACUUUCAACUCCACGGCCAGCUACAAGAAGAGCUGCUACGGCUACAAGCAGCACUCACAGACUCACGACUGCGACCAGCAAGUCAUUGAGGACCGCGUCACCGAGGAAAUCCCGUGUGAGAUCUACGGGCGCGGCGUUGGAGGCGGAGGGGCAACAGGUGGAGUAUCGAUGGGAGUGGGAGGACCGUCAGGCAUCGCGGGUGGAGGGAUCGGAGGAUCGGUGGGCAUAGCAGGAGGAGUGGCAAUGUCAGGAGGAAUGGGGAUGUCUGGAGGAGUGGGUCUGACUGGAGUAGGCAUGGCGGGGCCGAGUGGCAUCGCUGGAGGAAUCGGUGGUGGCAUGGCAGGAGCUUGUGGUACCCUCAGUAUCCGUGGCAACAGCACUCGUAAUAGUACUUCCAUUAUUGACCCGCAGCGCUCGAUGUCCAUGGACUUUUAGACAGUGGGCGAGAGGAAGAAAGGAAAAAAGGGAAUGCCGAAAGUUUUACAUUUGGAAAGAAGAGAAGAAAGAAGAUAAGGAGAGUAAUUCAAGUCUUUAAAUGAUCACUCCUGUUUCUCUUCUUUGCUUUUGAAGGAAUAUUUAAAGUAUUGCAGUGGCACUUAAGGAUCGCUUCCUCUCACUGUCUUAUCUGAAGGUUUUGGAAGUUAGCAGACGAGAUUCAAGGACAAAGAAAAACAGGAAACAAACAUAAACAGCUUUGUCUGUUUUCCAGACACUGAAGGAUGUAGAUUGAAGGGAGGGUGGAGACGUUCCUCCUCCUCCAUCUGACACUCAUUUAAUCUCUCCUUUUCAUAAAAAAGAGGGUUCUCGCAUGCAGACCCAGACUUCUGUGUGUUUGGUAACCAAAGAGACCAGGUAACCAAUCAGAAACAGGAGGGACUGAGUUUUUACAUUUAUCCACCUGCCAUGCACAGAUAAAAACGAUAUAUGGUGCGUCUUCUAAUAAUUUGAGUCUUUAUUUUUGUCGGUGUACUGUACUGUUUAAACCAGUAUAUAUCCAGCCUCAUGAUGAUGCUUGGCUUUUAACUCUUUAAUCUUUUUCAAAUGUUGCUCAGAUGAUUUUAUGAAGAUGACUUAGCCAUGACUUGUGGUGUUGACGAUGACAAGGUGAAAGAUGAUGAUCAGAAAUAUGAUAAUAAUGAUGAUCAUGGUGUGAUAAUGCUAUAAUUAUUAUGUAGUUUUCAUUGUUACCUCACACAUACACAGAGGGUAUCGCUCCAUUUAGUCUCUCCUCAGGAAGAGCACAUGAAUAGACUUAUUUUGGUAAGAAAGUUUAAAAAAAGUAUAUUUCUGCUAUUAAAGGCUUUGGAUGUUUUGUUGAAAAGAAUUCGGUUGUGAGGCCUUGACUGAAUCAAAAUCGCAAUCAUCCCACCCCAAAAUAGACCCCCACGUUUCCAAGGAGAGAAUAAUGUGAUUUCUCAACCUCCCCAUGAACUGAGUGUGUAAAACAAGCACAACCUGUUUUCUUCAAGAGAAAAACAUGUAGCCUGUAUGGGACUCGUUUAUGAUUUGAACCACUGGUUGUAUAAUUUUAUUCUGUUGAAUUAAAUGAGAGUUUACUCAC